CACUCACACACACUUUCUCUCUGCCCACGUGCCUGCUCUCUUUUCUAGCUCCUAUUUUAUCCUGCAAUCGAAAACGGAGUAAGCAGUGACCGUCUCUUCCCUCUCCGCCUUUCUCUGUCGUGAGCAUGGGAGGAGGCCCGACCCCGUCUCUGCUGAGGCUUCUCCUCUCGUUCUCCCUCUUCCUCAUCUCUACCUUCCUCCUUGCCACCCCUACCAGCACCCCAUCUCGCCACCAGCAUAGCCGCCACCACUCGAGCUCCAAACGGCGGAGGAAGCCAGCAUCGCCGCCGUCGCCUCAGAGACCGUCUUCAUGGGAGCUCUUCAAGAAUUUCCUCACCUGCAAGCAGGUUGAGCUCGCGCAUGUCCACGACCCCACGACCGCGAAGAAGAAGAAGCGCGUCGGCUCGGCCUCCGCCAGCAAGCGCGGGUACGCCAAGCUGGCCUCCUGCUCCUCGCUCUGCACCAUGAACGACGUCGCUGCCAACUCCAGCAGAGGGCGCGUCGUCCACCGCUCCGACUCGUCCUCCUCCCCCGAGCCAAGCAUCUCCUCCAGCCGCCGCGAGUCGGCGCCGCUGGUCCCGGCGGCGAGGUCGGCGUCCUCCGGGAGGGGGAUGCCGCUGAGGAGGCUGUCCGGCUGCUACGAGUGCAGGGCGGUCGUCGAUCCGAGCCGCUACCCGUCGGCUCGGCCGUCCAUCUGCGCGUGCCCGGACUGCGGCGAGGUCUUCGUGAAAGCCGAGAGCCUCGAGGCUCACCAGGCGGUCAGGCACGCAGUGUCGGAGCUGGGCCGCGAGGAUUCGGGUCGGAACAUAGUGGAGAUCAUAUUCCAGUCCAGCUGGUUGAAGAGGGACAGCCCGCUCUGCCAAGUGGAUCGGAUCCUGAAGAUCCACAACACGGCGAGGACCGUCCGCCGGUUCGAGGGCUACCGCGAUUCGGUCAAGUCGAGGGCGAGCCGCCGGAACCCUCGGUGCGUGGCCGACGGCAACGAGCUGCUCCGGUUCUUCUGCACCACGUUCGCCUGUUCCAUCGGGACCCGGGGAUCCACCAGCCUCUGCGGAUCGGGCCCCAGCUGCGGGGUCUGCAACGCGAUUCGGCACGGGUUCGGCGACAGGAUGGCCGGCGGGAAGGGCCUGUGCACGACGGCGACGAGCGGGCGAGCGCACGACUGUAUGGAGACGACCGAGGAGGAGAAGGCGGCCUCCCGGGGGCGGAGAGCGAUGCUGGUCUGCCGGGUCAUCGCCGGCAGAAUCCGAAGGGGAGGCUCAGGCGCCGCAAUUUCCGUCGACCCAAACGAGGUGGUGGAUGAUGACGACGCCGGCGGGUUGGCCGGAGAACGGUUCGACUCGGUCACCGGACCGACGGGCGUCUACUCGAACCCGGACGAGCUGUUCGUCUUCGACCCGAAGGCCAUCCUCCCCUGCUUCGUCGUCAUUUACCGGGUCCAGGACAACAGUUGAAAAACGAGGCGUUCUUAUUUUUGUAAAUAUGUAGAUCUCUGAGGGGCAUUUCUGUACUCGCGCUUUCUUGUGGCAUUUUAACUAAGUCUAGUAGUUAAUCACUAGCAA